AUUGUUUUUGCUUUAAUUCUCUUUAAAGUACAUGGAACCUAUUGACCCGUUCAGAGACGACACAAUAUGGAUGACCAUGGACCCGACACCAUUUCCGGGCAUCCACAACAAUAAUGUAAUGAGGACUGUUGACGGACCUUAUCUGCGAAUUGUCGAACAACCAAAACAGAGGGGCUUCAGGUUCCGCUAUGGAUGUGAGGGCCCCUCCCACGGAGGACUCCCAGGGGCCUCCAGUGAGAAGAACAGGAAGUCUUACCCACAAGUGAAG